CGUUUAAAACUUUCCCGGGAAAUCUGAGUUUCGCGGGAGGGCUCUUGAGCGCGUAAACCGUAUCCCUUCAUUCAUCAGGCCGUUUCCUGAAGCCAUUUCUAGACGGGGGAAACGAGAGUUGCGCUACUUUUUAAUCCGUUGCAUCUGCCUAAAUGCACCUUCUUAAGGAAAAAUACUUUACAAAGGUCGAUGAAACAGACUUUCGUCUUUACUUCGGUCUGAUUAUUUUUGUUAUUAUUGCAGCGGAUUAGCAACCGUACGGGCUUGAAAGUACAGAGACAAGAAAGGGGUUACCCCGAAUACGCAAGAUGAGAAGAGGGAUCUCCUCGGCUCCGGACAAAGUGAUUUUAGCAGGGGUUGGGGGCUCUCCUCUGGACAAUAAUAUCAUUUUAACAACUCUUUCGGAUCGUUUAAACCCUGCUCAAUCGAACGCUACGUUUAUUCAAAUAAUAACCACCCCUCCGCCUUGCAACGUUACACAGACAUCAAAUGUGUGUUUAUCCGAACCUCAGAUAAACAACAUUUACACAACUCCACAACAAGCUGCAGCAAACGGAGCAGGACAACGACCCGCUCUGGGAAGACCGCCGGCAAAAAGGAGAUUGGCACUCGAUGAUUCAGACCAUCAGUACCAGUCGGAACCAGCCAGGACUCCAAGAGGCAGGACAGCGGUGGCUAAUGGGGCAAGGAUAAAGACACCCAGAACACCUAAGUCUCCACCAGAGAAGACUCGGUACGACACCUCCCUGGGCCUAUUAACAAAGAAGUUUGUGGACCUUCUCGCUCAGUCUUCUGAUGGCGUUUUGGACCUAAACCUUGCUGCUGAAACCUUGCAGGUACAAAAAAGGCGGCUAUAUGACAUCACCAAUGUGCUAGAGGGCAUUCAUCUCAUCAAGAAGAAAUCAAAGAACAACAUUCAGUGGAUGGGCUGUAGUCUGUUGGAGGUUGAAGGGGCCCUGAGCCAGAGACAGAGACUGACAGCAGAGGUUUCUGCACUGGGAGAAGAAGAGCUGAGGCUCGAGCAACUCAUCCAGAGAUGCACCCUGGAUAUGAGACACAUGAGCGAGUUGCCUAGCAACCAGAAAUAUGCCUACGUAACGUACCAAGACAUUAAACAGCUGGAAAACUUGAGAGACCAGACUGUUAUCGUCGUCAAAGCACCCACAGACACCAAGCUAGAAGUACCUGACCCUGAUGAGAGUUUGUCCAUUCACCUGACGAGCACGAAGGGUCCUAUAGAAGUCCUGCUUUGCCCAGAUGAUGAGAACGACCCAAGGAGUCCUGUAAAAAAUGGCAACAUGGACAUCAAUGGAAACUCACCUUUCCUCAAAGUCCUUCAAGAUCCAAGCUGUGUAACCACUUCUCCCAGCCCCUCCCUGGCUCCACCUGCCUCCUCUUCCGCUGUCUCCGUCACUACCCUCUCCCCCAUCUCGUCCCCUUACACCAGUCUUCUCCAGCAGACGGAAGACCAGAUCCCUGCGUCCCUGGGGCCUUUCUUAAACCUGGGACCUACUCUUCUGGACCAAGAUGACUACCUUUUAGGUUUGGGAGAUGACCAAGGAAUCAGCGACUUGUUUGAUGCCUGUGACUUUGAUAAAAUGCCAUCACUUGGCCUGGAUGAUCUGCUGUGCAGCUAGCAUUAGGUAAUAGUAAUUCAAAUAAAGUGCAAGGGAGUGAGAUGGAGAAUCAGUGAGGGUUUUGAUGCCUGUGACUGACUGUGUAGCUAGUGAAAGUCAAUUCUAAAUAGAUGGAAAACAAACAUUAAGGAAUUUUCCAGUCCCAAUGGGACUAUAUGCCAUGUUCUUUCAUGGUGUGAGAGAUAAAUGGUCUUGCAUGAUUUCACACAACGACCCAAUUGGUCAGUGUGAAGAUGCUUCCGUUACUUUUUGUCUCAGGCUGCGUAAAGCCUCCACUGUAGCUGGGAGCUGUGGGACAUCUAAAAGCCUUUGCCAUGUGUUUGGUUCAGAAUAAAUGAGGAGGGAAAGGAUAUCUGCCUCUCUGUAUGAUGCGAGGUCCAUGUCACUAUACAGAGAGACCAACAAAGACGGAACAACUCAAAGGGAGUUGGGUUGAGGUGAAUUUAGCAAAAAAAGAAAAAAAAAUCCAAGCAUAAAAUGCACCUGAGAUGCACAGCUAUGAUCAGUCAAAGCCACCGGUAGAACAUUUGAGAGCAGGGAAACUGUUUACUGUUUACAUCUUGAAGGACUUAGCAAACAUUAGAAUCUGAGCAGGCUGUGUUUUGACAAGGACAGGAAUAGGUUGAUCUGUGUAUUCCCAGAGAUACAUUUUCUUGUCAGAUGUCCAAAUUCAACUAGGUAAAACAUCCUUAGGCAUAUCCUAGUGUUUCAAACAUGUUAAUGCCAAGUGUUGUCGGGGCUGAGGAGAUUCUCUGACUGCAUUCUCUUACACCAAUGAUCUGUGAUUGAAGGCUCGUACUGCUGACUGUUAGGUAGGCUUUUUGUGUGUUCAAAUGUAGAAAAUUUUAGAAAUUAAAAUGAAUAUUAAAAAAAAACAGGGCAGUUUUUUGGUGCACAGCAUUUAUGACUACAGUUAUUUUACUGCUCAGACGCUUGUCAGGUUAUUGUUGUGCUAUUUGGGCUUAUAAUCAUGAAUUUCUGACUUAUGAUUUACGAGUAUUUUGUACAUUUAAGCACUAUUUAGAUGUACUGUGUGCUGCAUGGAAAUCCAUAUACUGUUUUAGAGUACACAUGAUUACACAAUUUUAAAGGAAACUAUAAAAUUGCAACGAAAAUAAUAGCGGUGUGUACUCGAAACGCUCUAAAAUAAGACAGGUAUAGUGUUCUAAGUGUACAAAAUAUUAGCAGUAUGCCUUAUGGCACAGAAUUUGAUUCUCUUGUAAAAUAACCUCCAUUUGUAAAAUGGAUUUAAUUGGUAAUAUUAAUAAUGGACCUUUGUCACAGCCAUCCCCAUAUUUUGUACACCUAGUGGAUAUUACAGUCUAAUGAAUACAAAAUGUUCAAGAUUACCAGAUAUUGUGAUGUUUAACCUUAAAUGGCCUGUGUGCCAACCGCACUAAACAAAAGCCAUCAUACCUGGGCAGUGUGGGCUAAAGCCAAUGCACAUGAUGCACCUGUAUGGAUCUGACCUGUUGGCACACAUAAUGUGCAAACUCAAAUAUCCACACGUAUUCUAAAUCAUCAUCUUUUUGAUACUUUGUGAAUGCAGGACCCAAACGUCCACUUUGUUGCUGCUUUUUGCCUAUCCCCUCCAUCUUCAUCAGCAGAAGCUGCCAUAACCCAACUUCCCUAAUGCCUUCUUACUUGGACUGUGUGCUGUGAAAUUAUACAGUGGUUUGAGCUAAAAAGAAAAAUUUGACUUUGAACCCCUUAUUGGUGCACAUUGCCUGCUCAGUGUGUACUGAAAGGAGUGUAGAAGACGGGAUAGGCACGUAUUAGUCUUUUUAGGUAGUAAAUGUUGAAUUUUAAUAGAUUUUAAUACUGUUGAAAUAAGGAAUGAUAUCACGGUCAUCUAAGCAACAAGGGGAAAAAUAGCCAUUGAUUUAGGCUUCAAUAUGUAGUGAAAGGCUUUUCCUCUCCAGGAUAUGUGAAAAUGAGAAACAAGAGACAAACAAAAGACAAGUUUUGGAAUUGGAGAAAAGUCAGUGUAACCAAGUCAGGUUUCAUGCUUGGUCUGGUUAUGCUGACAUGCAUUGUCAGGAACCUCUGAUUCUUCAGUGAUUAAUGUAAACCACCCCCCCACCCCAAGCUAGAGGACCUGGUGAACUAAGAGCUGUAGGAAUGUGAUUUUCUUCCACUCUGUAUCUUCUUCUGAUUACAUCCCUGAUAAUGACAAAAUGCAAAAAAAACAUCUUGUCUGAAACCCUUGCUUUUAAACUAGAGGAACCUGCUGCCGCGGGUAAUAUUGCUGCUGUUAGUGUUAACUUUUCCCCGACUUGAUUGAUGUGCGCUUGAGUUACUGUGUGAGUUAUGUCAAAGAUCAAGCUUGCUAAAGAGCAAGCCUGCCAUGUGUAAAUUGAUGUACAGUUUUCUAAAUUUUUCAGUGCACAAGGUACUGUAGGCUACCUCCCACUUAAUGUUGGACAAUAUUAAUAGGGCAUAGAAGUAAAUGCCAUAGUGUGUAUGAGUGUUUGAAAUUCCUUUUUGUCCUAGAAAUUACCCCUGUAUUAUUUUUGAUGUGAUGAUGGAUAUUACAUCGCACUUUUCCUUUUUGAUGAAUGGUGGAUUUCACUUAUGCCCGGAUAUAAUAAUGAGUAUACUUUUGCUGUUGCACCAAUCUCAUGCAUCCUUAAUUUCAAUACUGGGGUGCACAUUUGACAGAUAGAAAAGCAGACAAAUAAUUGCAAUAUCUUGUUUUUUUUUAAUAUAUAUAUAUUUUUGCGAGUUAUUUAGUUCUUUUGUCAGGGUUUUUUUUUGUUUGUUUUUUUUUUUUUUUAAUUGUUAUUGUUUUGUUAAAUGCAGACCACCUCUGAGACCCAAAAUCUAGUACACAUUUAAUAAUGCAUGUGUGCAGUCAUUCAUUCUUUCACAGUUAGCCUGUCUGCCCUUUACCGGUCAUUAGUAGACAUUGCUUUCCCUGUCACUGUACCAGGAUCUGUGACUUGUGUCCUCUGGCGAACUGUGUAAGGGAGCAUUGCUUCUGUCACACUGUGUCUGUUUUAUUUUAUUUUAUUUUAUUUUUUUCUUUUGAGUGUUGUGAGGGAGUCUGCCACUUUGAUGGACAGUAUUGUAGCCUUUUGAAACAUAUUUUUGAAUUUGCAGGAGCCAAUUAUAAACCUGAAUUCAUUCAAAAAUGGUUCCUUAGCAUAAUUAUGCUUCUAUCAGAAGUGAGCUAAAUUUGACUUAAAUGCUCCAAAGUCCUCUGAUUGACAGAACACAAUUGGCACAUUUAUAUCAAUGUAUUUUAUAGGUAUUUAUGAAUAAGUCAAGCUCAGUUUUUUCCCUUUGCUUCAUUAACCACAUUUGUGCUAUUCUAAGAUCAUCUCUGUAGGUAAUUAUAGUUUCCUCUAUGUCCAGCAACCAGAUUCUCAUCUCUAUAUUUUAUUUACUUUUACACAAAACAAACAUGAUUUUUUGGAAAGAUUAGUGUGUUAAAGAUUUUAAUACACCUGCUCUGACUAGUGUCAAUGCUAGUGAUUCUGAAAAUGUAUUAUGGGUGACUCUUACACAUUACAAUACAGCUUCUUCUUUUCUCAUGUGUUGUUCUGUUGUGUGAUUAAACCUUGCAGAAAGUUGUCA